UGAAGACACCCGCCCCUUCAAACAAGGAGUUGUUUGAAAACAAGCGCAUCUUACAUGUACUCUACCAUGUAGGAUUUACGGAAGAGUCGUCUCAGGCGUGGCUGAGGAACUUCCUUCUUGUACAGAUCAAAAAUGACAGCGACUCUGCGCCCCUACCUGAACGCUGUGAGGGCCACCCUGCAGGCAGCCCUCUGCCUGGAGAAUUUCUCCUCCCAAGUGGUGGAGCGUCACAACAAGCCUGAGGUGGAGGUCAGGAGCAGUAAGGAGCUGCUUCUCCAGCCAGUGGUGAUCAGCCGUAAUGACAAGGAGAAGGUUCUCAUCGAGGGGUCCAUCAACUCCGUCCGAGUCAGCAUUGCAGUCAAACAGGCUGAUGAGAUCGAGAAGAUUCUUUGCCACAAAUUCAUGCGGUUCAUGAUGAUGAGAGCCGAGAACUUCUUCAUUCUGAGGAGGAAACCAGUGGAGGGUUAUGAUAUUAGUUUCUUGAUCACCAACUUCCACACGGAGCAGAUGUACAAACACAAGCUGGUGGACUUCGUCAUCCACUUCAUGGAGGAGAUCGACAAGGAGAUCAGCGAGAUGAAACUGUCUGUUAAUGCCAGGGCCCGUAUCGUUGCUGAAGAAUUCCUCAAGAACUUCUGAUGACGCCGUUGCCUUUGGGACUCUCUAAGGGCCAAUCAAAACAUGAGUGGAGAACUUUAGGAGUAAACGGCCAAUCAGCAAGAAGAUGAUAGUUGUGACCAAACCGACACAUUUUGUGUCCGUCUUAUAUAAUUCCCUGUAUUCAUGGAGAUCAAAUCCUGUAUAUAAUGAAAUAUUUACCCGUUUCAUUUUGAACAAAUCCCCAAACAAAGGCGGGUCCUUAAAGUAUGAAUCAAGUUGAUAGCCAUGAAUGCAGGGGUGCUGAGGAUUUGUUGUUGCAGAUAAAAUGACCAGGUUUUUGUAUUGUCUAACAGAGUCUGUAUGUUCUGUCACUGUUGCUUCAAAGUUGUCCCCAAAGUUUUGAACAAAAAUGUUUAAGGAAGCGAUCUGUGUGGCAUUAAAUCAUGGAGUGAGAAGCCUUUCUAAAGUUGCCACAGUAACCAGUGUAAGAAAUGAAAGAGAAUUAAAGUCACUUGUUUAUA